CGCAAUUUGGGUCUAUAGUGGCCGGGAUGGGGUUUCGUAUCACAACAUGGAACGUGAACGGAAUACGAAAUCCGUUCUCGUAUGAGCCAUGGAGGGGAAAGCGAACCUUCGAAGCCAUGUUCGAAAUAUUGCAAGCAGAUAUUGCUGUUCUCCAAGAAACCAAAAUACAGCGAAAGGAUCUUCGGGAUGAUAUGGUACUCGUGCCCGGAUGGGAUUGUUACUUCAGCCUACCGAAGAUUAAAAAAGGAUACUCUGGAGUUGUGAUCUAUACCCGUAAUGCAACGUGUGCUCCCAUCCGUGCUGAAGAAGGCAUUACUGGAGUUCUUUGCCCACCAAACUCGUCUGUUUCUUUCCGUGAUCUUCCCGAAGAACAACAGAUUGGUGGAUAUCCGACAUUUGAUCAGUUAUCUCAGUUUGAGCUCGAUGCUGCUACCCUCGACUCUGAAGGUCGUUGUGUAAUUCUCGAGUUUCCUGCGUUUGUUCUGAUAGGUGUUUAUUGCCCUGCGAAUCGGGAUGAGAGUCGUGAUUGUUUUCGUGUCAACUUCUUUGACGCACUAGAUUCUCGCGUUCGAAAUCUUGUUGCCAUGGGAAAGAAGGUUUUUGUCACGGGCGAUAUUAACAUAUCGAGGGCGGAGAUCGAUUCAGCGCACGUGGCAGAUGCCAUUCGUAAAGCAACGACGACGGAGGACGAAUUUGUAUCUGCACCUGUACGGCGUCUCUUCAACCAAAUGUUAGCAGGUGGAAAAGUCCUAGGGGAGCGGGAUGAGGGACGGGAACGACCUGUUCUUCACGAUAUUUGUAGGUCAUUUCACCCAGAUCGUAAGGGCAUGUAUACUUGCUGGGAGCAAAAGCUCAAUGCUCGACCGGGGAAUUUUGGCUCGAGGAUAGAUUACGUGCUGUGCAGCUUGGAUAUGCAAGACUGGUUCAACGAGUCCAACAUACAAGAAGGGCUUCUGGGAUCAGACCAUUGCCCUGUUUACGCCGUAUUUAAAGAUGAAGUAACCAUCGAUGGAGAAAACACCAAGAUACUGGAUAUUAUGAACCCCUCUGGCGUGUUUAAAAAUGGGGAGCGACAACAGGAGUACUUGACCAAGUGUCUUCUGCCUACGUCUGGACGGUUGAUACCGGAGUUUGACAAACGGAGAAGCAUCAAGGACAUGUUUUCUCGUAAACCAGCUAGUUCGCAAAAGCCGGCUCCAUCAGUACCAGCACUGGGACGAUCUUCUUCAGCCCAGCAAAAGGAAACCCCCUCAACGGUCCCGGAAAGGUCCUUGAGCGGGACAGUCGCCAGCCCCCCAGCCCCUCCACCCGGCGAAAAUACAGCCACCAAGGGAGUUACCCGUAAAAGACCGGAGAAGAACGAGUCCUCGCCGUAUAUCCCGGUCAAACGCUCGAAAUCGGUGGCUGGGCAAGCCCCGGCAAAUUCCGCCCCAGGACAGAAGACUCUCAGAGGCUUUUUCAAGCCGAAAAUUACGGCCAGUGACCCGUCCAGACCAGAUCCCCUCGAGACCCCCGAGCCGAUUUCUUCGCAGACAUCCGACCAAGUGGCUGGGUCACCUUCAAAACCAGUUGGAUCAUCGGAUCCCAGCCUCACGGAUGGUACUCGGGAUGAAGCUGGAGCUCAUACUGCAGAACAGUCCAGUCCAUCAGCCACUGCGACCCCAGCCGCGCCCCAGGAGGAUGAAUUUGUCCAUGACCCUAUCGUCAGCAAAGAGGAUUGGUCGAAGCUCUUCACCAAGAAACCCCCGCCACCCUGUGACGGCCAUCAGGAAGCGUGUAUCAAGAUGACGACCAAGAAGCCGGGUGUCAACUGCGGGAGAUCAUUCUGGAUAUGCCCACGACCUCUGGGACCAAGUGGAAAUAAAGAGAAGGGGACGGAGUGGCGAUGUCCAACAUUCAAGUGGACCAGUGAUUGGAAUCCCUCGACACAGUGAGCAUGGCCAUUUCGCCUGGUUUUUGUUAUAUCUCUCUUGAUUCUAGAAUGAUACCCCAUUUCCUGUCUUGAAUUGCUCGUGUAGGCUUAGGAUCUGCUGUAUCUUUUUCAAUCAAAGGUUUUCUUCGCGCCGUUGGGAACUUUUAUAUUGCCAGCGUACAGUAUAGGGUUAUGAUUUUUG